AUGGCCCCCAGGGUGGUCCUUCGAUCCACGCCACUCCGCCUUAUGCGCAGCUCAAACCGAGCUCGGAGCUCGAGUGUCGCAAACCGCCUGUUUGCGACAGAGACCAAUCGCAAGGUCCCUGCGAAGAACUUUUCGCCCUUUGCUUACACAUGGCUCACGAGGACGCCGGCAGCUAUUAAUCCCGACGAUAUCUUGUCAACUCUCCCCUCCACGCCGUCCGUGGACGCCGCCUCGGAUUCCGUGCCCCUCCUUCUCGUCACCCCUAGCUUUGCCCACUGGAUUGACACCGCCAAUCCAUUCCUCGAGUCCUUGAUAAGCCGAUUAUAUCACAGUGUUCCGAAGUCCACUCCUCUCUACGCCGUUGCAGCAGUUGUUGAUAAACUUCCCAAUUCUACGCAAUCUGAUAUGCCAACUUCGGAAGGGAGCGCCGACUCUACCUUCUCAUCAGAGUCCGAGGGUUUGUCUCUCUUAACAAUCCAAAGAGAGAAUGUACGAGGAAAAGCAGCACCUGUUCGUCGCAUUGGAGGGCCCGCUGGCGAGGAAGCCGACCUUGCGAUUUCCAUUCAAGGCAUAAACGUCUCUGAAGGACCAGCGUAUGAAGUCGGUCUACGCCUUACAAACACCAUCUUUAUCAAUGGAAAAGAAUCGACACUUAUCGGCAUGCGCUGGAAUUAUAACGAUGCCGCUGGCGCAUAUACCAUCGAUAAAUCAGCGGACCUCACAAGCUGCUCUGUCACAUCUGUCUCGACUACUACGAAUCCCAGUCUAACUCUUCCGCUCGACCCCGUAGGCGAGAGAAGGCGGGUCAUUACGAGUAUGGGCAACAUCCUGCGGCAGGUUUCAAAAUCGACAGACCCAACUUCGGCCGAGCCAAUGCCCGCUUCCUCCGAACUGGAGACGGCGCUUCCCCGAUACAUUGACGAGCAUAAUAUUGUCGACCAAAGGGUCUCCGUCUGGGCCUUGGUUGAGAAGCCUGACCUGGUGGUUGCCGAUUGGGAAUCUUCAUCCACCCAGGAUCGAGUCGUCCAGUCCUUGCGCCGGGGUGGUAAGCUGCACCGCGUCAUGAGCGGUGGAGGCGGAUGGGGAAAGAAACAAGGUCUUCUUUCGCUAGAUCCAGAGGUUAGCUUCCCAGGGAUGACGCGUUCCGAUGAACUACUCUCCCUGGAUCAAAUCUUCAACCCUAGCGCAGAUGCGCCUCUAGAGAUGCCGGCAUUUUUCGCCAAGGGGAUGAUAGGUGAUGAUCUCUCCCUGUUGUCACAGGUCGCCACAACAGGUGAUUUCAUCCAAUUCUUCGUCGGGCUAGAACCGGAACAUUCACAAGACGAAGUUACAAGCAACCAUGGGGUGAAAGGAUCUGUCACCUACCGGUUUGGUGUCGUUGCCGAUGCUGAAGAAGUGGAUGUUCAAUCUCUGAAUGAGAAUAAGCACGACCUUGUCGUUGUGCCGAGUUCUUUUGGAGCGCUGUCCGAAAAGGCGAUUGCGUACUCGCAGCCAAUGAUGGAUGGAGCAGAGACAUCCAGUUCCAGCACCAAGCUGGAUAUACCAGGAUGCAGAGUGAUUAUGAACCCUGUACAAUAA